AUGCAGGGGCGGACCAAAAGCAGAUUCCAAGUACCAGAAGCUUUGGCAAUGGAAGUCCUCUUGAAGCUCCCGGUAAAAUCCCUCGCUCGCUUCAACUGCGUCUGUAAGUCUUGGUGGUCUUCUUUUCGAACCCUUCAUUUCACUUCCAAACAUUAUCAUAACAGCCUUGAAAGCAGCAACUUUAAUCUCCUCUUCCAACGCUGUAAUAGUGUCAUCCCUUAUUUCACUCACCUCUCGACCGGAAAAGAUGAGAAGUCUUUAGUAAAACAUGACAUUCGAUUACCCUUUUUUGAGAACGGUGUCGAUUGUCCUCAGGUUUAUGGUCCUUGUAAUGGAUUGUUGUGUUUAUAUGAUCAUGGUGAUGGUAAGGCUGCCCUUUGGAACCCAUCAACCAGGGAGUUUAAAAUCCUUCCCCAAUCUUCAGCCCGACGCCCUCCUUUUCCAGGUUACACUGGCUUUAAGUGUGUUGGUUUCGGGUAUGAUUCUGAAACCGAUGACUACAAGAUCAUUCAGUUUGUUACUCUUGUUUAUAUUGAUGAAGAAUCCGAUUCUUCACCUGUGUAUCGGUCCCAAGUGGAGUUGUAUUCACUCAAAACCGAUUCCUGGAAGGAAGUUGCAUCGGUUCCUAAUGCUUGUCCAUUCAGUAAUUACUUGGGCAAUAACUGCGUAGAUGGAGUUUGUUCUUGGGAAGCAAUGAUGGAGUAUCAUAGAGAUAACCUUAUUCUUUCAUUCGACAUGGUGAGUGAGAAGUUUUCGACUUCACCUUUACCAGAACUUGAUGGGGCUUUAACAAAUUACAAGCUUGAACUACUGGAGUUGAAUGGAUCACUGGGUGUUGUUGUAUACCCGAGGUUUGGAACUGAGAAAUCAUUUGAUUUAUGGGCUAUGGAUGGAGGUUGGACAAAGCAGUUGAGUGUUGAAUCUAUCCCUGGAGUGGAAGAGCCUAUGGGGUUCUGGAAAAAUGGUGAAAUGUUCAUUGGAGGAUCGGAUCAUGAGCUGCUCCUGUUUGAACCAUACACUCGAGAGGUUAAGAAACUUGGGGUUAAAGCUUAUCCGGAUGCAAUGUGCCAUUGCCUUAUUGCUUAUGUUGAGAGUUUGGUUCCGAUCAAUGGAAAAUCGGAGCACGCGGAACAUAUAAUACGUCGCCCAUCUCUAGAUACAUGA